CAAGGCCAGUCCUAUCCGUCUCCCCUUCCACCCUGUAGUUACAGAACACGGAAAAGGUGUUCUUCAAUCUCCUUUUGUUCUGACAACUCUUGAUUGAGUAACCUGGGAAAAUCUUCCUUGCGUUUUCUGAGUUGUCUAUAAAACCACCGCUUGAGAAUCUUCCAUUAAACAACGAUGUACUUUAAAGGUCUUUGAAAAAUUCCAAGCCAAAAAAAUGAGGAGGUACAAGUUCCAGUGGGUCAUCCCUCAUUCUUCACUUUCCUGUUUUCUAUGGAAUACAGUGCCGAGACUCCUGUAUAUUAUCAGUACUCAUACAUUGGAUACAUCCGCCUUCCGAAUCCAGCGUGUGGAAAGUGCAGCUGACUGCCAAGACCACAUUGUACGUUUCAUACCAACAUUUGCGGUGGCAGGAGAACCUGUGGUUCUGAAAUGUCCUCCUUUCAGAUACGGGCACACAGAUCCUCUUGAUCUCUCCCUUAACUUCACCUGGUACAAAAAUGGUUCAACAACACCCAUCCCUUCAGAGAAGGUGGGGAACAGAAUAUGGUCCCAAGGGGAUGCUCUUUGGUUUUUACCAGCCUUUCUGGACGACUCUGGGGAAUAUAUCUGCUCUCAAAGGAAUUCCUCUGAUUGCUCUGAUGUAUCUCUUCAUCUAAUAAUUGUGGAGAAAAGUGCUGCUUGGAGUAUUUCCUAUCCUCAGAAGGCUUUCGUCCAGAGUUCUGGACAUGUUGUUUGCCCGGCCCUUGAAAAUUUUGUGCAAAAGGAUACAGGCUACAAACUCAGAUGGUACAAGGACUCUACACUUCUGAACACAGACAAUGAAAAAUUUGUAGCUUUAACAGGCACAAAUUACCUCAUAAUCAAUUCUGUGUCAUUGGAUGAUUCAGGCUACUAUACUUGUCAACUGACCUUUGACCAUGAAACAGGGCAAUACAACAUCACAAGAACCAUCCAGCUGAAGACCCUUGUAGGCCAGAAGAAGAAAAGCAGACCCGUGAUUGUCUCUCCAAACCAAAAGAUUGUACCUGCAGUUCUCGGUUCCCGGCUGACCAUUCCCUGCAAAGUGUUUGUUGGAGCAAGUGACUGUACAUACGCUGAUGUCUGGUGGCUGGCCAACCAAACUCAUGUUCAGAGUGUUUACAAAAAAGGCCGAGUUACAGAAGGAGAGCCUCAGAAAUUAAUAGAAAACAAUGACAAUUACAUUGAGGUGCCAUUGAUUUUUGACCCCGUUAAAGAAGUGGACUUCAAUACAGAUUUCACAUGUGUGGCCUGGAAUAGUCUUGGGCAUCAAGUGCAGGCAACUCAGGUCAAGCCAGAAGAGCGUCCUUUGUCCUGGCACUUGGCAGUCACUCCACUGGCCCUGGCUGCUGUGAUUGUGGGAGCAGUGUAUAUCUAUAAAUGCUGGAAGAACAGACAGCUCAGGCCUAAACAACAAAAUAUUUUGUAUUCAAUAGCAGCUCAUUAAUCUCACUAAAAAUAUGGAGAAACCUGGUUGUUGAAACUAGAAGUGAUUCAAGAAAUUUUGAUAACUGAGGCAGAAAGCCACAAUGAAAUUUCUCAUGACUGUAAACAACAAUAAU